AUGACCAAAUAUGACCUUUUGCAUUUGAACAAAGAUGACGAUCGUAUUCAGGACAUUCUCGCCGCGCGGGAAUUCGCGGAACGAUAUCUUGCCGCCGAGGACGACAGUCAGGAACAGGCAGAGAUGGCAACGGCACUGACAGUUCUCCUGGACGACCCGAGCCGGGGCGUUCGCAAGGCGAUAGCAAGGGUUUUGGCAACCAGCCCACUUGCCCCCGGACUUGUCGUGCGCUGCCUUGCCAGUGACAUCGAUGAAGUUUCGGUGAUCAUACUCAAGUCAUCGCCGCUGCUUUCUGAUGCCGAGCUGGUCGAUUUGCUGGCGGGCGGCAGUGAAGCGGUUCAAUGUGCCAUUGCAGAACGCCACGGCCUAUCGGCAGCGAUCAGUGCAGCGCUUUGUGAAGUGGGCAGCGAAGACGCCUGCCAGGCUUUGUUGAACAAUUCCAGCGCGCAGAUACUCCAAUCCUCUCUCCUGAGGCUUGCUCAGAGAUUUGAGGACCGACCGGAAAUCUGCGACCAGUUGCUGAAAACCAGGGACCUGCCUCUUGCCAAUCGCUAUGAGCUGUUGAUGCGCCUGGCGGCAAACCUGGACGAUCAUCCGAUCGUGCUGGAGCGGGUGCCCGAACAUCAAAGACACACUUUCCUGAGUGACGCUGAAGACAAGGUGGUCUUGCGGUUGGCGCUUGAGGCGAGUGAAGACGAGCUUCCGGAUUUCGUCGAACACCUGCGUUCGCGCGGCAAGCUGAACACCCGGCUUUUGUUGCGCGCUGUGUGUUGUGGCCGUUUACGGUUCUUUGCGGCAGCGCUGGCCAAUCUCGGCCAGGUGCCGCUUCCAAGGCUUUGCAAGCUUCUGGUCACGGUUCGCCGGUCGGCCCUUCAGGCGAUUCUCCGCAAGGCCGGUCUUCCGAUUCGGGCGCAUCAGGCAUUCCUGCUAUCGAUCGAUAUUGCCCGUCAGGCGCAUGCCGACUUCACCUAUGACCUUGCCUUGGACGAGGCCAGAAUGUUGACGGAAACACUGCUGGAAGAAAUGCAGGACGGUGCGCUUGGAGCAGAUGAGGACGUUGCUGCCUUCCUGCGCCGCUUUGCCAUUGAAGUCGCCAGGCUGGAAGCACGUCUGAUGGUGAAGAAUGGGUCGUUGCAGGUUACAAGAGCUGCAUAG